ACUGCGUCUGGACACCCACGCCAACUGCGGAAGAUCGAUCAGUAGCUACCCAAACCAAUUUCGAUUCUAGCCUCGCUUGAACUCCGAGUUUCUAUUUCUCGUUGAUAGGGAACAUCUGCCAAACCAGCAGCACGCAAAAUGAAGCAAAAGAUUGUCAUCCAGCUGAGCAUGUCGUGCGACAAGAGCCGGUCCAAAGCCCUGACGCUGGCCGCCAGAGCAGCCGGGGUGACGUCCAUGGGGAUAACCGGAGACGCCAGGGAUCAGCUGGAGGUGGUCGGCGACGGAGUCGACCCGGUGUGCCUUGUCUGCUGCCUCCGCAAGAAGCUUGGCCACGCCCAAAUCAUCAAGGUGGAGGAAGUGAAGAAGCCGGAGGAGAAGAAGGAUGAGCCAAAGCCUGCCGUGCCCGAGCACGUGCACCCGCCGCCGUACUUCUUCUACCCGCCCAGCUCCUACUACCCCCACCAGUACCCGCUGUACUUCUGACCAUGUACUGCCAGAUAGUGAUUUUGACGUACUUUAAUUUUGCCAGCAACUACAAAUAGCAACAUGCGCGCGUGUUUAUUAA